GCACGCAGGCAGAGGCAUCAGAGAAGCUCUCUGCUCCGCUUACGGUAACCACGCUCUCCCUCCUCACCCUAACUCAUCUUCUCAACCCGCAGAGUUCCCUUCCUUGGAACUGAAGAGAAGUCCUGCUUGUGGAAAAGGGGUUUAUGCAAAAAGGGGAACCAGAGGUGGGAAAAGCAUGAUGACAGAAGUUUUCUGAAGUGAACCAGAUGCCAUGGGGCUUUUCUAAACACUCUUUUUAAAUGGACCAACCUGACUGCCAUGAAGCACGCACUUACAUACAGAGGAAUGUUGAUCUUGAUCUUUACAACAUAAACAAGUUCUAUGGAAGUGCCAAUAUGAUAAAAGAAUAAUACAGCCUGGACCUAAAUCAAGUCAGGACACCUCCCCUACUUGUAGGCACAGGGAGUUGUGAUGAUUUUCAGGGGAACAAGCAGGAUUCCUGCCCUCGCUGUGAAGAUGAUGGACUUAACCCAGCCACCACUCGCCUGUGGAGGUCAGCUGAAGACGACGCCACGCAGCUAAGUCUGGAUUAGCCGGCCGAACGAGUUUCAAUGCUCCCUCACGUUCUAAGAUGAAGUUAUGGAAAGGUGCUACUUUUGCCUUCAUGCUCUGUGGUGCAGCUCUGUCCAUCCUCCUCGUUAAAAACAUGGCCACUAUCGGACAGUUCAAACAGAAAACAAAACAUCCGUGCAUUUCGUCGUCUUCAUCAAGACCGUCUUCAUCAUUAGGAUCAACAUCAAAGACCUCACCGCCAUCAGCAUCAGCAUCAGCAUCAGCAUCAGCAGAGCCAACACUGUUGUCCCGGCAGAUGGAUGGUGUUCAUCGGAGAACCCGCUCAGCAGACGAGAUGAACUCUCUCCUCUCGGAGUUUUCCAUGAUGUUCCAGAGCUUCACGGAGGGCGAGCUUCAGCAUGUGGUCGGGACUUUGCUGGACAGGAAGAGAAGGAAGAGCCGGCGGCUGGAUGAGAAGCUGGCCCGAAGGACUAAAAGAGCCCGGAGGCCUAAGUCUUGCUCCAUGAGGGAGCUGGAGCUGACUGUGAGUGAACUGGGUCUCGGCUUUGAGAGCGACGAGACGGUGAAGCUGCACUACUGCAGCGGCAAAUGCACGGCCCACCGGCAAAACUACGACAUCGCCACGGAGCACAUGAUGCGGGUGGUCUUCAAGAAGAAGGAACGCAAGGACAAGGUCAGCUAUAGGCCCUGCUGCCGACCGACCGCCUUCGAAAAGGACUUUUCCUUCCUGGACAACAAGAACCGCUACCACACGAUACAGAAUGUGUCGGCGAAGAACUGUGGGUGCGUAUGACCCAGAGACAUGGACUUUAUCACUUCUUCUUGCUGCUCUCAGCUUCUGUUGCAACAGUUGAACGUGGAUGCUAUUAAAAGACAAACUGUGGAAUACAAGCUCAAGGAGAUGAGUAGAGGAUGGGAUUAUGUGUAUGGCUGCUCCACAGCGGCCUUUUUGUGACAUGCAGACUUGACUUUUCUUUUUUGUUUGGAGUCUGUCAAUAGAAAUUGGAACCGAAUCACGUGGAAAGCAAGGGCUGCGUUUGUGUGGAUUCCAUGUUAGGAGACACAGAAAAAUGACUGUUCAUACCAAAACAUUUUUAUUAUCUUUUCUAUCUGUGUAGUAACACUGUAAACUGUGGUGUAACAACAAUGUAGCAACAUUAUGUUUGUGAUAUUACAUUUGAGUAGCCUAGCUGUAGGGUAGUUUGGGGUUAGACGCCCCCCUUAAGCUCAAUGUCUAUUUGCUGACACAUUAAAUAAUAUUUUAUAGUUUUUUUGUAUCUUGGAGAUGGCUAUGGUAUAAAGUGAAAUAAAUACAUACAGUUGACAGA